CAGGCUGGGCUGCUGGUCGAGGCAAAAUCUGUCCAGCUCACUGUGGAUGACAGGGCAGCGAACCGAGACGCCGUUAGCCGAGGACAUGAUAAACUAGUCUGUUAACCAGCUAGCAUUGUUAAUGGUUAACUAUGAAAAACAAGCGGACAGUAUAGCGUUAGUUUGUUGAAGGUAGAGUUAAUGUAAAAACAGUUUGGGACUGUGUUGGCACGAGCAGUUAAGGCUAACUUUGCGUUAGCACCCACCGUUAGCUAGCUAAUGUUAAAUCUGAAUAAGCGUUCAAGUUAACCUAGCUAGCUAACGCACAACCUAUUUGAUGUGGUCUGACAGUUGUAGCGUAACGUUAGCUAGCAUUUACAGAGAGAACAGUAGUCGGAAAGUUUAACUCAAGUCGAGAAAUCAUGGCGUCGAUGCUGUUUGAUUCGACAACAUAUGCAGCGGAGCAGUUUUGACUUUGGGCUGUCAACAAGCUCGCUGACGUUAGCUAACCUGGCUAGCCAGUUAGCUCUUUUGCUACCAUGGCCAAAAUAGAGAACGGCCGUCAAUCAGUGGAUACGCGGAGUAUCCGGACGAUUAGCAGCAGUCACAUUGACGAUGAAAGCUCUUUGGGAUCCGACUCCGAGAUCAACGGCUUCACCAGCGACAGACAAACCGAUAAAUAUGGAUUUAUUGGUGGGGCACAGCAGCAUACGGGGGACUCAGCUCAGGAUGUGCCUCCACAGGUCCUCAGGCAAAGGGAGGUGAAGUGGCUGGACAUGCUCAGCCACUGGGACAAGUGGAUGAUCAAGAGAUUCAAUAAGGUGAGGCUGCGGUGCCAGAAAGGGAUCCCUCCUGCCCUCCGAGGCCGUGCGUGGCUCUAUCUGUCAGGGGGGAAGAUGAAGAAAGAGCAGAACCAAGGAAAGUUUCAGGAGCUGGAUAGCCAGCCUGGGGACCCAAAAUGGCUGGAUGUGAUUGAGAAAGAUCUCCAUCGACAGUUUCCUUUCCAUGAGAUGUUUGUGGCGCGGGGAGGACACGGGCAGCAGGACCUGCUCCGUGUCCUUAAGGCCUACACUCUGUACAGACCGGAGGAGGGGUACUGCCAGGCUCAGGCUCCCAUUGCUGCUGUGUUGCUUAUGCACAUGCCUGCUGAGGAUGCCUUCUGGGGGCUGGUCCAGAUUUGUGAGAAGUACCUUCCUGGCUACUACAGUCCUGGCCUGGAAGCUAUACAGUUAGACGGAGAGAUCCUGUUCGCUCUGCUGCGACGGGUCUCCCCGCUAGCCUUCCGCCAUCUGGAGAAACACAAGAUCGACCCCAUCCUCUACAUGACUGAAUGGUUUAUGUGUGCCUUCUCCAGGACGCUGCCCUGGGCCUCUGUGCUGCGUGUCUGGGACAUGUUCCUCUGUGACGGAGUGAAGAUAAUCUUCCGUGUGGGUUUGGUGCUGCUGAAGUGCAUGCUGGGGACCCGGGAGAAGCUGAAGGCCUGCCAGGGCCAGUAUGAAACCAUGGAGCUUCUCAGGGCCAUAGAGCCUCGCUACAUGCAGGAGGGCUUCCUCGUCCGAGAGAUUCUGGAGGUGCCGGUGACGGCGCGAGAGGUGGAACGGGAGCAUCACACCCAGCUGAAGCGCUGGAGGAAGAAUCGCGGAGAGCUGAACUUCAAGUCGCCGCCGAGGAUGCACGGCGCUCGGAUCAUCAUGUUGGCCGAGCCGCCGAGGCGCCAGGACCUGCAGCAGAAUCCCACCAUUGUGCUUGAGAUGCCCACCCCGCAGCUGAAGAAGGGCAAGGAGGAAAAGAAAAGCAAGAAGAAGAAGAGCAUGAAGAAAUCCAAGCCCAUUGAGGAGAUCCCAAAUCCUUACUCUCUUCCCAGUGACCCUGCACCACCACCCCCACCCUCAGAUCCACCAGCGCCACCACCAGUCAGCAGCGAGACCACGGAGACCGUGCCACAGACUGAAACAGACUCACCUCACCAGCAGCGAGCGCUUCCGCCUGACCUUCCCCCUGCCAAAGAAUCUCCUCUUCAGCGAUCCACACAAAGCCUUAGCAGCACAGAGCAGGAUACAUACCUGUAGCUCUACAGCUGUCAGUGUGUGUGUCUGUGUGUGUGGACGAAGCACCAGCACCCUUCAGCCAACAACCAGCCAGCCUUGCCGAGGUCUCUGAUUGGCCAGCAUUACUAUUAUUCUCGUGUUGGACUGUUUUGUAUUCAUUUCUUCGUGUUAGACACCAGUUUGCCUGUGAUGAUAUUGGUAUACCUGUACACUAAGGGACCUUUGCUAAGUGUAAACUACUUAGAUGCUGAUGCCAAUUCUCCACAUGAAGCUAAUGUUACCUCCUCUUGUCUUAGUAUUCCAGGGAGACAUGUUACUGAGUUAUUGGGAGCAAAGUCAUUUCUUCGGAGCAGUUUGGUUUCAAGGUUUAAACUUAAAGAACUAUGAGGUGCCACAGCUUAUGCAGUUUUUCUAAACAUCUCCACUCAAAUUCAACACUAUAGAGAGCAUUAGUAAUACUGUGCAGCAGUGGAUGUAAACUCCUCAUACAAAUUCAUGCUGUUUGAUUUCUGAAGCCAUCAUGUUUCAUUAGGGGGUUUGCUCACUAGGGGGCAGCCUUGCAGAGGUUUCAUCUGUAAUUCCUGUUACAUUCCCUGUUAGUAAAGCUGUUCGCAGCAGGGAUGGGAUUCCUUCAAGGA